AUGGAAGGUUUUGCUUUUCUUUUCCGCAUCCCCAAUGCUGCGACUCGGAACAGAGUGAUCAAACAUAAACUAUGGCAGAUUGAGGGUCAAACAAUGUUUGUUGACAAGUGGGAACCGGGAGUUAUUCCGACUAAACCGGAACUCACGGAAGCUCCGAUCUGGCUUGAACUCAGAAAGGUUCCCUUCCAGUUCUUCAACGAAGAUGGGCUAGAGAGGAUAGCUGGUCUCGUCGGUCAUCCCAAAUUCCUUCACCCGACGACGGCUAACAAAACAAAUCUGGAGGUCGCUAAAGUGUUCACUAUAAUCGACCCGAGGAAGCCACUACCCGAAGCUGUAAAUGUUCAGUUUGAGUCCGGUGAGAUUUCCAGAGUCUUAGUUUCGAGCCCGUGGAUGCCUCCAGUGUGUGAUACAUGCAAGGAGAUUGGUCACACUGCCAAGAGAUGUCCACAAAAGCCUAAAACCUGCUCUGUCUGUGAUUCUUCUGCUCACUUAACGGCUAACUGUCCGCAAAAACAGAGUCACAAAGCUCCGGGGAAAAAGACCAGGAGAGGCAGGUCUAAAUCGAAGGAGAAACAACAAUGGAUAGUGGUUGACCCAUCUGCCUCUGCCUCCAACAAAACGGUCCCGCCUGUUCAGAAACAAGCUCUGCUGCCGCCUACUCUUCCCGUUAAUCCUCAGAAACCGCAGACACAGCUUGAGUUGAUGGAGCCUAAUCAUCAGACACAGCUAGGCACAAGGAAAGAUUAUUGUGUAGGUGAGACGAGCGGUACUUCUUGUAAGGAAAUGCCGGUUCUCCCUAGGAGUUGUUCAGGUAUCUCGAGAUCCUCUCACUCUGAUGUUCAACCAGAUUCUUCAGAUGUGGAAUCCUCGGACUCGGAAUUGGAGGAAGGGGAAUUUAGCAGGUUCGAGCCUGAUUUUGAGGUUGUCAAUAACAAGAAGCGUUUCUCUGGUCUGAAAGGAAAGCGGGGCAAGGGCUCCAAACCCAACUAA